AUGUAUCCCAGCCAACCUUCACCUUACUCCUAUCAGCCUCCUGCGGCUAGCGCACCUCCACAGCCCGGAUACAUCUCUCCUCCAGAUUCGAGGCGGGCACUCGAGGAAGAAAAGGAGAAACAGUUGCAACCACAGAGACAAUCACUCCCUUCAAUUCACGAGGCGUUAAGGAAUGAUAGCCCUUUACCAUACCCUGCUCCACCUACAUCGGGUCCUCCGCCGCAAGCUCAUCCCGCUCCUCCACAUGCUCUCGUCGGUCGAUCAGCAGGAGAUGGUCCGGCCGGACCCCCCAACCCGUUCUCAAAUGGAGCGCCAGCAGGCCCAUACAUGCGCGAACCUGCUUAUUCUCAGCUGCAAACGGAGGCUUCGCGGUCAAGCCUCGCAUCUAUCACCACACAGGAAUCGAGAAAUCCCUCAUUACAGUCGCUCAACUCGAGCAAAUCACCUACCCACAGUGCCAAGACUGGCUUGACUUCGAUCGCGGGCUCGCAGACGGGAUCCGGGUACGAAUACAGUGCUCCUACUUCGGCGGGGAGUAUUGCCUCACCAAAUGGAUACACCGCAUAUUCGCAGCCGUUCACUUUUCAGUCACAACCUCCACCAAACGCACCGACAUACCCUCUAUCCCAUCAUGACACUAGACCCUAUGCGGGAACGCCCUGGAGACCUGGCGCGCCAGAACCACCACGUGUCGAGGAAUUGAAAAAUGGGCUGGCGGGGCGUCCUGCGGUUCCGGUACAACCUCAAGGCGACUCUGCCAAGCGCCACUUGGACAUCUACGAAGUGGAGACCUCACUUAACGAGAUCGCCGAAGUGAGUUCGCGGACCUUGGACUUUUCCCGGCACUAUGCUACCAGAGCGCACCAGACUCAGCGGUCUGGGCCCAUGUUGGGGACUUUGCCUUCCCUCCACGAAAUUGAAGACAUGAUCAAUCUGCAACGUCGGAAUCAGGAUGCUUUGAUGCGGAUACGAACCGCUGUUUUGAACCAGGAGCAUGCCUUGGCGGAGCAGAUGGCUCAAAGAAAAGCUUUUAACGCCGGUGGAGUCCAUGAUAGUGACCAUAUGGCAAUGUACCAAGAAGAUUUCAAGGGUAGUGGCGGAUUUGCCGGGCCGGAUACCAAAAAGCGACGAGGGAAAGCCGCCCCUCCUGGUCGUUGCCACAGCUGCAACCGAGCCGAAACUCCAGAAUGGCGUCGUGGUCCAGAUGGCGCUCGAACAUUGUGCAAUGCCUGUGGCCUACACUAUGCCAAAUUGACGCGCAAGAUGGGCGCCAGCAAGGCUGCAUCCCUGGGCUCGAAUCUGAAGCCCAAAGCCGCUCUCGAUCCUGCACCUCCCGGUACCCGAUAA